ACCAAUUAACAAGUAAGAGAAGGUUAUGUUUACGAAAUUGGCGCCAAUUUGUUAUUGACGUACUGAUCUUUCUGACGUAAAAGUGUUUCAUACGAUUGCAAGAUACGCAUACGAUAAUGGUCCGACGAAAAUCCUCACCGAGAUCACUCAGUGUACGUCCUCGAGAAGAGAAGCGAAAUAAUACAGACAUAAUCACACAUAAGGGAAAGAAGCAGUCUAGAGUAUUAAGGGAAAUUAAAUAUCUGAGAAAGUCUACUAACUUGUUAAUUCCUAAAAUAAGUUUUGCACGUUUGGUCAAAGAGAUUAUUAUAGAAAUAUUUCCACGACAAGAUAUUAGCAGGAUGCAAGCAUCCGCUCUCGAAGCCCUGCAAGAAGCAACGGAGAUGUACAUCGUACAGUUUUUCGAGGACGCGGUGCUACUGACGUUACACGCGAAACGCGUGACCCUGAUGCGCCACGAUAUGAUUCUAAUGCGUAGACUGCGCGGUCGUGACGAUAUCAUCAACCGAUAAUAAGAUCUCGUUUCUACAUUUUUAUACUACCGGUCUUUAUCUUUAAUUCGUUCUUAUGGAAAGAUUCAGUUUAAGAUUCGGGAACGCGCAAAGGUUUAUAGCAACUUAUGUAAUAAUUCAAGUUAUAAACAAUAUGAAAUAAAAAUCUAUAAGCUUUAAGAAAUCGCAAUGAUAUCAAAAAUAAAAUCUAACGCGUUGCACAUAAUUCGAUUAGCAUUUCGAACGAUCUAAGACAAAAGUUAAAACCGGCAUAAAUUUAGCAAGUUCAAUUUUUUAGUAUAUUAAAUAUGCGAAAGAGAAAGCGAGAUGUUGAAUGUUAAUGUUUCAUUUGAUUACAGUAUGUAAACUUCGCGUAAUAUUAAACAUAGCAGGUAUAUUAUUAUAUGCAAAUAGUUUCUAAAUAUAAAUUCCUUGGUAUUAUAUUGCUAUUAACCUCUGUUUAAAAGAAUAGAAGUAUUUUAAGUGUAAGAAGUAUUAUUACGAGACUCAGGAACACGCGAUAAAUUCAUUGUUACUUACGAGUUAAUAUUCAGUUUAUAUCAAUAUUCGAUUUAUAUUUGUAAUAUUUAUAAAAUAUAUUGACAGCGCAAAAAUUUCUUUUUUUCACGAUGAUUGUGUAUUUUGUAAAUUUUAUUCAAUGUUGAACUAGGCUUGACAUGACGAUAAUGUGCCGUAUAUGUUUUUUUUUUCUAUAUGUAUGAGAUUAUUUUUGUAUACGCGUAAUAUGCGCUUGAUAUUUCUAAUAAAAAAACCAAAGCAAGACAAGCCGAGCGUAAUAAAGUGAACGAAAUUUUCAUGCGACAUCUACCGCUUGAGACAUAAUGGGAAACAGUGGGAGAGAAACGGCGGGGCGAAGAGACACACUCUACAUUUCGCUAAAUAAAAUUUAUUUCAGGGAAACAUUCAAACAUCUCGAUAAAAUUCGUAACUUCAUUUUACGAAACUUUGGUAAAAUAUACAAGUUUUGCGAGAUAAUUGGGCGGUACUUCUUAAACUACGAAUAUCGAAGCGUUCGCCGCUUUCGAACCCUCGACGAGAGUAUUAUCUCGUGGAGCGUACCGACGAAUGGAUACGAUAAAAAAAACAGUGUUAAAUAAUAAAAUACCGCAACCCGCGAGAAAGAGACGGGGGGGGAGUAACGGUCGCGGUUACGCACCGAGUGUUUGAUAAUUCGAGCGCACUCGUCGAAUAACCGGAACAGUUUUUCCUUGAUAGACGGUCAAGACAUGAUUUUCCGCGAUUGAUUAGGGGAAGCAGCAAUUUUACAUAUAACCUGGAAAAGUUUUGAAGUACCAAAAAAGAUCCUUCGACCGACUAAUGCCCGUUUCUAUCAUGACGGUUUAAAUCUAAUCGAUGAUUAACUUAAACGAAUUGACCAGUCGCAUUGGCCAAUUGGCUGAACUGAUAUCAAAGUAACUGGUCAAUUAAUAAAGUUAAUCGUCGAUUAGAUUUCAACCAUAAUGAUAGAAACGGGCAUAAAUAUCAACGGAGGAAAAAACUUCCGAUCUUUUGGCAAAGAACAUCGUCCUGUUCGUCGAAUGCACGCACAUUCUACCGAACACCUAGUGCGCGGUGUAAAUUGUUCCCGGUGUUAGCUGCGAUAAGAACAACCAUGAUUCGUGACGCGAGUCACACACCUUUAGACGCGGUCUAAGGAGGAAAGAACUGCCUAGAAAAAUAGUAUUACAAAUAACGAUCUCUAGCCGCCUUAGCUACACGUUUGAUUCGUUCGUAUAUAUAUAUAUAUAUAUAUAUAUAUAAUUCGUUUAUGAAUCAUGCAUAUAUGCGUAUAUGCAAGUACAAUUCAACGAGAAAAUACAAAAGGCACCUGGAAAAGCAGGCUAAUCCGCUUGAGAGACGAAUCUCUUGAGGCUUCUACGAAGACACUUGUCACGUUUAAGGCGCAACAUUUGUGACUAUACUUUCAUGCUGCCUGUCAUUGUACACGAGAGAUGGACCGCGAGGUCCACGCGAAAUUUCAGAUAAAUUAAAUACAUAAAGUUACUUGUGUGUAAUGCCGCGAGAUUCAGGCAUCGUUUUCGGCGACCCGAAGACUCCCGAACAACGGAUUUCUUUCCGACUUUCUUCACGUACGCUUUUCAUAUAGCUGGAAAAUAAUGAGAAAAAACUGCCUAAAUAUUUCUCAAUCCCUCAAAUUCAUUUCGAAUCAUUCUCGGACGGAUGGUAUCGGGUGUCUAGAGCAAUAGCAAUUUUCCACGGUCGGUCUUUGAACUUCUAUGAAAACGCUCUUUGGACUUUGUCGUUGUUCGGGCUCGCGGACACUCGGAUCAAAAUUCGGCUCGCGAAGUUU